AUGCUUAUACUGGAGCAAACAGAAAUUGGACAGACCCACCUGAGCUUCUGGCAGACUUCCAGCUCAGCAAUCUGCACACAGGAAACACUAAUCUCGCCACACUGUACUGCUACAGCGCUAACUCUGCAAGAGCUAAAGAGAAUGCUCAUCAACACAUGGUUUGCUUUCAGGCGAUGGUCGUCACACCAUAGAUUAAAGUUCUAUCUCCCACGCAAGGGCAGAGGUCAAAAGACGGAGCGAUCUUUACCCAAUAUAGAAAUGCACCCAGAUUUCAAAAUGCCACCAAAAUACAAGUUUGCUGAAGGAGAGAAGGUUCUCUGCUAUCAUGGCCCCAUGUUAUAUGAAGCCAAGGUGACCAAGGUUCAGGUGAAGGAUAAAGUACCACAAUUCCUUGUGCACUAUAGUGGCUGGAAUAAAACAUGGGACGAGUGGGUCCCCGAGUCUAGAGCACUCAAGUACAAUGAUGCCAACCUCCAAAAACAAAAGGAGCUUCAGCAGCAACACCCAGAUAAGAAGAGACCAACCAAGAAGAAGGAAAAACCAAAGAAAGAGGCUGAGCCAAUCUCCUCCCGUCGCAAACGCCCCAGACUAGCAGACCCAGUGGGCAGUCCAUCCAUUGUUGUUGAGUCGGUAGAGUCUAGAGAGAUAAAGAUCAGUAUACCGGAGGAGCUCAGAAAGUGGUUGGUCGAUGAUUGGGACCUUGUAACCAGGCAGAAACAGCUUGUCCGCCUACCUAAAAGAGAGACAGUGAGUGAUGUACUGCAGCGGUAUUCGGACCAUGCAGCCAAGACUGACCCAGACAAGGCAACGAGUGGUCAGAUCGAGGAAGUUUGUGUGGGACUGACUGGCUACUUUAACGCUAUGCUGGGCAGUCAGCUGCUCUACAAGUUUGAGAGACCACAGUAUGAAGAGAUUCUGAAGGCGCAUCCUAACAAGGCCAUGUCGGAAAUUUAUGGAAUGGAGCACUUUUUGAGACUAUUUGGUGAGAUGUACAACUAG